AUGAAAGGAAAAGAGCAGUUACUUACUUCAACUACUUACGCGCGCCUUUCAAAGGAAUGUGAAACUCCAUUUCCAUCUCCUUCUUUUAACAACGAAAAGCUCUGGAUUAUGGUGACGGGGAGCCUAGGGCAUAAUUACAGGGAAUCAGCUCCAUCCAACCGUUUCGAUGCCUCUAGUUCAGGUGAAACUUGUGGCUUUGGGGUUUGUAUGAUGAGUAGCACAUGGAAAGACGGUCAGGAUCCUUCCUUCAUCGGAUUCAUCUCCUCCUUCCUUAAUGCCAAUUCUUUCAGGCUCAACUUUGUCCCGAUUGCUCCUGAUUUUAUCUUCAAUUGUGGAGGUUUAUCUAUUGCCUUCAUGUUUGUGACAAAUUGGGAUUGUAGUGUCACUACACCUGUCUUUUCCAGAGUUAAGAUACUAAAGCAGCAAUUUGCUAAUCUUUAUGUUGUUGUCACUCUCCCAACAAUGGAGCAGAACGAUUCCUUUAAUUCAUCUUAUUUUAGACAUGGAAUGGAGCUUGGUAGGCCAUCUUUUGUGCCUGUUCUAGACCUAGAGAUGGGUUUUGAAAAAAUUGUAAAGAUUAGUCUUGCUCUUGGAGUAUGUAAGCAGCAAAACGUCAUAUCCAAAUUGAAGGCAGAGGGGAUGGAUGCUUUCUUAAGAGUGGUCACUUCAAUUCCUGGUAUAGACAGCCAUGAUGCAAAUGCGCUUAAUCAAGCCAUUGGAUCCAUCGAAGCAAUUGCUAAAGCAUCCAAGGAGUUCAUACUGGAAAACACUGAUCUUUCAGCAGACAAAGCUGAGACAAUUAUCAAGUUUUUCAGGGAUCCCAAGUUUUACCUCAGCCCGCGCAUCAUUAGAUGAGAGUAUGUAAGAUCUUCAUACUAAGCCUAUUUGUUAUCUCAUUGACCUAUUUCCGUUAUUGCUUUCAGUUAUCACGGAUUAAUGUGAACUGCAUGUUAGUUAAGUGCUGAGU